AUGCAGGCAGUGCUGAGCCUCCUGCUGCCCUGCCUCCUGGCCCAGGUGUGGCUGGUACCUGGCUCCACCCCUGGUCCCCGCUCACCAGAGGCCCAGGCAGGACUGGAGACUCUGCCGACCCCCAGGGCCCAGGCCUGGAGCAGCGAAGGGGGACGGGUCCUGCAGGAGGACGAGGGCCCCCCCUGGCUGACGGCCAACUGGCAGAAGCUCUCUGGGGUGACCUCCAACUUGGGGUUCAGCCUGCUUCGUAAGAUCUCCAUGAGGCACGACGGCAACGUGGUCUUCUCCCCUCUCGCGGCCCGGGCCAUGGCGGCCUUGACCCUGGGGGCCAGGGGACAGAGCAGAGCCCAGCUGGAGACGGGGCUCCGCCUGCAGGCCCUGAAUCAGACCCUGCCCGUAGUGACCCAGACCCGGCCCCCGUGCCUGCCUGCCCUCUUCAGGCAGCUCCGAGAAAGCCUCUCCCACAACCCAGAGCUGGGCCUGACCCAGGGGACUUUUGCCUUCCUCCACGAGGACUUUGAUGUCAAAGAGACCUUCCUCAAUUUCUCCAAGACGUAUUUCCCUACGGAGCGUGUGACUAUAAAUUUUGGCAACGCCUCCCAGGCCAAAGGGCUCAUGAAUCAUCACAUUAACAAAGAGACUCAGGGGAAAAUUCCCAAAGUCUUUGAUGAGAUCAAUCCUGACACCAAAUUAAUUCUUGUGGAUUACAUCUUGCUCAAAGGGAAAUGGCUGACCCCUUUUGACCCUGUCCUCACCGAGACAGACACUUUCUACCUGGACAAGUACAAGGCGGUCAAGGUGCCCAUGAUGUACAGAGCAGGCAAGUUUGCCUCCACUUUUGACAAGAAUUUUCAUUGCCACGUCCUCAAACUGCCCUACCGAGGAAAUGCCACCAUGCUGGUGGUCCUCAUGGGAAGGAUGGGUGACCACCUGGCCCUUGAGGACUACCUGACCACAGAUUUGAUGGACACGUGGCUCAGGAACAUGAAAACCAGGAAAAUGGAAGUUUUCUUUCCAAAGUUCAAGUUAGACCAGAAGAAUAAGAUGCAUGAGCUGCUUAAACAGAUGGGAAUCAGAAGAAUCUUCUCACCCUGGGCCGACUUGAGUGAUCUCUCAGUUACUGAAAGAAAUCUUAAAGUAUCCAAGGUUUUACAAAGAGCGAUGAUUGCGGUGGAUGAAGAAGGAACAGAGGCGGUGGCGGGAACCCUGUCAGAAAUCACUGCUUAUUCCAUGCCUCCCAUCAUCAAAGUGGACCGGCCAUUUCACUUCAUCAUCUAUGAAGAAACCUCCAGAAUCCCGCUAUUUCUGGGCAGGGUGGUGAACCCGACUCUCCUGUGA